GCAACAGUGCAGGAGCCCUUGUGGCAGAGUUUUGCGGCCGAAACCAUGAUCCUUCUGGCGUGCAGAGCGCGGCUGGAGUCCCAAGGCAGCAGCAUCACUGGUGUCACCGAAAAGACGGAGUUGAUCUUGAUGCUGGAACAGCUGCUUCGGCAGAGUUUGGAGAUGAGGUUCACCUCCAGGGCUUGGCUUUGUUUUGCCCUGAAGGACCGACUCCAAAGUGAUGUACUGGUAUAG